CUCAUAUAACGGCCCACAACUCAUAAAAAUAAGAUGGAUGGACUGUUAGUUUCGUGCCCCACUGUCAACUUGCUUUUCUUUGACUAACGCGAAUUUAGAAAACAUGGGAGAGAUUUUUUACCAAUCGAAUGCAAAUUUUUUAAUCUUCCAUUUUUUAUGAUUGAGUCAUAUCUCUUUUGUUUUAACUCGAAAUUUUUAAAAAAAAAAUUUACAUGUAAAGAAUGCAUUAAUUAUGAUAGACACAAUGAUAUUCAUUUUGCUACAUUUUGAGCAAAAAUAUUAGUGAUCAUACCACUUUCAUAUUAUGAAAAUAUUAGUGAUCAUAAGAGCAAAAUAAAUUAAAAGGAGGAAACCUACAACAAAAGGGAAAUAAUAAAUUUAGUGUCCAGGUGGCUUCAAAAGAAAGAUUGAAAUUCCACAAAAAUAGUGAUUUGUUUUUAGUAUAAGAUAUGGAAUAGUGAUCGUGGCCUUGUAGAAAUGGAGAAAAUUAAUUCGUGGGAUUGUAAGAUGUUAAGAGAAAAAGUAACCGCUGCGGACGGUUUUAGCGAGAAGGCAGGGAGAGGAGAAGACUAAUUAGUCCCUCCGACUUAUGCGGUUUAAACACCACCGACUGAUGUGGCAAUACUUGUUUAUUGACAUUGCCUUUGUGUAGAUGUAGAUGAAUUUGCCUCCCUUUUUCGUUUUCGCUCCAAAGUUGGGAAAAGUGGGACUUUGUUUUGGCCAAUGAAAGAAAGGAUGAGACCCAAAAUCAUUAAAAAUUAAAACAAAAGAAAAGUGCACCUGGUUUCUCAUUUUGGCUUCCCAAAAUCCCUAGCUCGAAAUCAGAUACUCCCCACCUCCUUGUUCGUUCCCCAUCACCAGCCUCAUUGUUCCCUGCCCAUCGCCAGUGUUCCUUACCCCAUCAACGUCGUUCCUUUCCCCGUUGCCUGCAUCCCUUACUCCAUCCCUUCGUUCCUUCUCCCAUCGAUGGUGUUUCGUCCCCCAUCGCCGUCGUUCCUUCCUUCCAUUCAAUCGUUCCUAUCACCUGUAAAAUGGAACACACCUCACUCAUUUUGUGGAACGGGUGAAGGUCGAAUCAGUCUCGAGGGGAAGGAUUGAAAAGGUUCCUUCCUUAAACCAUAUCGUGCCGCCCUUUGUUGAAUGGAAUGCCCCUCAGCUGCAAGCAUGUCGAGCUGGGGAAGUUGAGAAGCUGAGAGCAGACCACUAAGCCGCUGAUCUCCGGGUAAGUCGGCGUUCAUCUUCCCUGUCCACCCUUUUCAUAUGUGCAUGUGUCGAGAGAAGCAAAACCAUGAUUGCUAAAAAGAUGGAUCUGUGUUAUAGAGAUGAAAUCCAAGAAGGGAGCUCUUUUCUUUUUCUUCAAUAUUUAUAUGAAAUGGGAAAAUCGGGUUGAUAAUGCUCAAUUGGAUAGUGGCAUUGCGUGUGUGGCAGCUGUGCGCAGAGCAGGGGAUUCUGAGAAUAGAGGUUGAUGUACUACAAAGUACUAAAGAAAAAGGAAGCAUUUCUUUUGUUUGUUUGGAUGAAAUCGAGCUUGGGAACAAUUUGGCGGUGGGGGGUGGUGAUAUGGAAUUACUGAGUGCGGAGUAGGAUCUUCAUUGGAGAGGAUGGUUUAUGGACCACUAAUCCAACAAUGAUGGUUUUUUAAAACCCUUUUUGUUUCUUUGUGCUGAUGUGAUCGAUAACUCGAACCGUAUUACAUUCUACAAAAGCUUAAGGAUAUUUGGAUUAAUUUGUUAGUGAUAGAGCUGUGCUGAUUUUAGACUGCAAGACCUGCCGAUCAAACACUGUAAAAUGCAGUGUGGAUAACUUUAAGGCGCUAACGAACCAUGACCACUAAGCCGCUGAUUCUCCUUCGCUACUGACUCUUUCUUCUUUACAGCUUGCUCGAUCCCUGUAUGAGUUUCGCAUUCCGCUUGAUGAAAAAUCAUCUCCUUGCCUCUAUACAAACUCAUCUUCACACUUAAGGUUUGCUUAUUUACCUUAUCCUUAUGGUUGACUUAGAUGAAAAUAAAGCAUGGUUGGUUCUAAUUAAUCUAUGCAUUUUGUAGGUUUUUUUGGUGCUGGUGGUUGGUAUCUAGUUGCAGAAGGGAGACUCUUGGAUUCACGGUGCCAAGUUGGGGUUUAGCUAGUAUUUGAAGGUAUAACUGUAAACUGAUUUUCACUUCUCUCCCAGGGAAGGCUUUAUUUUUUGGAUUGAUAUUCUCAAAAUAUGCACUAAUGCAUUUUGGCCCAAGCAUUUCCCUAUGGUCAGAACGCUAGAACUGAGGUUUAAUGAGCGUUCUGAAUUGGGGAAGCUUGUAGGUUACCUGGUUUAUUAUAGGAACCUUGUUGCAUUAGUUUUUAUCACUCCUUUCUUGUUGUGUUCAGCGAGAUGCAAGGGUCUUGUUUAUUGCUAUAGAUAAAUUGGUUUCAAUUGUCGAGUUGUCCUUGUUCAAUUUAAGGUCGAAGGUUGUUGUGUUCGACGAUGAUCGAUUGAUUUUUGGUGUCUUUGUCCAGGCAUGGGUGGCCUGAUGGUCGUUGUGGGGUAGUAGAAAAAGUACCCUGUUUUCGGUUUUCUAGCGAGAGUGGGAUGCGCUAUUUUUGGUUUGCGGUUGGAACCUUUCUUGGCCACUUCAAUGUUGUUUUUCUUUUGUUAUUUCUUGGCUACUUUUUUUUAUGUUUGUUAUGUUCUUGUAUUGCAUCAAUCAUCUUUAUAAAAAGAUAUAUACAUACGAACUGAUUUGUCUUCUUUUGAGGGUUGUGCAUGGAUGCUAUUUGUUUCUUGAUGGUUUUUACUUCCUUUUUCAGUUAAAGUGGAUUGGAGCUAUUAGCCCGCCUGACUGCAUCUAGCUCGUGCUAUUUGUUGGUUCUUUUGUUUGUUUGCUUUGUUGGCAGGAUGCUGCACAUUUUAUAUACGUCCUCUUUCUCUUGACAUUUAUCUUUUUGUCCUCUUUGAUCCUUGCUUUCUACAUGGUUUUCUAGCAUUCUAAUAAUACUUUGUCUCUAUUAAGUAACAGGUCACGGAUUAGUGUUAGUGUAAAUUUAUCAAACUUGAUUAUGAUAAAUGAAACUUAUGAUUGCAGGUUUGUGUGGGUCCUUUUAUUGUUAGUAGUCUUGUCCACAUACGGUUGCAUCUUGGGUUUGGUGGUGACAAGAGGCUUCUGUUGCUACUAAGCUAUUGGUAUGCAUUUCUUAACUUUAUUUUUUCCUUGCCUAUCUGAAUUUUCUCUUACUCCAUAAUGGGGUACGAGGAAAUGGAAUUUGUUUCCAAACAUCAAGUUUUAACUUUAGAUCUAGUUAUAUACAUGAUAUUUUGUUACUAGUUUGCCUCCUUUCUUUGUGAAUGAAGAAGCUGGAGUAGUAUAAUACAGUGAACUUAGAAAUUAAAAGCUGAACUUAAAAUUUAAUGGUUGAACUUAUAAAUGAAAAUUUGAACUUAAAAGGUGAAAUGAGAAACUAAAAGUUGAACUUAGAAGACUUUGUGCCUCUUUUUAUGAAAUUAGGAUCCUUUUGCAAAAUAAACCAAUAUUAAAAUUUUAAGAUACAACAUGUGACGUGUUUUCUUUGUACAUUAGGAAAUGGCACCUAGUAAACAAUGGAUGAAUCUUGUGAGCAACAAGUUGAAUGUGGAUUAUAGAAAUGGGGUUACAGAAUUUCUAGAUUAUGCAUUUCAAAUGAAUAAAGGAGAAGAGGAAAUUAGAUGUCCUUGUGUUAAUGGAAGCGCCAUGGAUAUGGAGGAUACAUACAAUGAGAGACCAAAUGAUGAAGCAGAAAAGUUUUAUAGGUUGUUAAUUGAUUCGGAACAACCAUUGUAUGAUGAUUGCAAGAGCUCCAAAUUAACAACACUAUUAAAACUCCUUCACAUCAAGGCUCAAGGAAAAUGGAGCAACGAAUCAUUUACUAUGUUGCUCAAAAUGAUGAAAGAAGAGCUUCUGCCAGAAGCUUCUAAUUUGCCGGAUUCUUAUUAUGAAGCAAAAAAAAAAAAUCCAUUAAGGAUCUUGGGCUCUCAUACGUCAAGAUUGAUGCAUGUCAAAACACUUGCAAGGUUUGUAAAGAGUCUUGAUGGAAAUUGAUCAGCACAGUGGAGAAGUAGUGUGCAAAGCAAAUGGGAAAAGGAUCCCAAAAAAAGGUUUUGCGGUAUUUCCCAAUAAAACCACGACUGCAAAGGUUGUUCAUUUCCACUAAGACUGCUUCCCUAAUGCGCUGGCAUCAUGAGAACAAGGCAAUGGAUGGGGUUAUGAGGCAUCCGGCGGAUUCGCUAGCUUGGAAAUCAUUCGACCAAAGCCACCAUUUCUUUGCAAGUGACCCGCGAAAUGUGAGACUCGCUCUUGCUAGCGAUGGUUUUCAGCCAUUCACGAAUUCGAAAACCCCAUAUAGUAUAUGGCCGGUGUUGUUAAUCCCUUAUAACUUGCCUCCUUGGAUCAUCAUGAAGCCCUCAAAUUUCAUUCUCUCAAUGUUAAUUCAUGGUCCUGAUAGUCUCGGUGAUGCGAUAGAUGUAUAUUUGCAGCCUUUAAUAGAAGAAUUGAAGAGUUUGUGGGAAGAAGGUGUGAAUACAUUUGAUGCAUCAAAAGCAAAAUUUUCAACUGUGAGCUUCCUUACUGUGGACAAUCAACGACUUCCCUGCUUAUGCCAAUUUGUCAGGUUGGAGUACUAAGGGAAAGAUGGCAUGUCCUGUAUGUACCAAAGACACAAUGUAUAAGUGGUUAUACAAUGGUGGAAAGCAUUGUUAUAUGGGCCAUCGACGUUGGCUUCCUAGUCGUCAUAAAUGGAGGAAUGAUGAAGAUUCAUUUGAUGGUACGAAAGAGAAGGGAGGCUGCCCCAGACAGUUUUCAGGAGAUGAAUAGUUGAACAAGUUCAAGAUCUUGAGGGAGUUCAGUUGACUAGAUGUCCUGAAACCAAAGUCAAAGUCUCCCAUGAAAAUCGAGGGGAUAAUUGGAAUAAGAAGAGCAUAUUCUUUGAACUUCCUUAUUGGAGAACACAUCUAUUGCGUCAUAACUUAGAUGUGAUGCACAUAGAGAAGAAUGUUUGUGAUAGUGUGCUCGGAACGAUUAUGAACUUAAAAGGGAAGACUAAGGAUACGCUGAAAACGCGUCUUGAUUUGGAGGAAUUGGGAAUAAAACCAGAAUUGCAUC